AACGGGUACCGCCUCCUGGUCCGACCACUCCGCUUCCGCUAGAAUACGGGUCCCUAGACAUUCUUCCUCGGGAUGUUCCCUAUGUGGGUCCGGUUCGCGUUUACUUUUCGUCGCUACGAGCUUGUUCCGCCUUCUCGUGGAGGAUCUCGCGAGUCUCCGGCUCGCUGCUCCACGGGUAACCAGUUACGGGCACGCCUGUCCGAUCGGUCAGUCUUCUCGGUCUCUACUUUCGUACGAUUAUCUAGUGUCGCGUCGGUGAAAAAUUGGUCGCCUCUAACGAUUCCCUAGUGUACUACCGUGGCCGAUUCUUCGAUUUACUUUCGGAUUCAUCGUUCCUGGACAGCCUCGUUCCGGAUACCUCUCGAUCCUCCUUCUAAUCGUCCAUUUAUUUAGACGAAACGAGUCCCGAUCCUCCCACUUGGCCACGAAUCGGCCUGCCAAUCCUUCUACUCUACGCGCGAACGUUCGUCGGCGAGCGGCGGGCAUCGACGACAACGCCUAACGCGACGAUCGACCAGAGUCCCGGCGAUCGAUCGGCUUCAUCGUUCGGAUCCACCUGGAGCCACCUCCGUUCCCGUCGCAAGGAUCCACCUCGUCGGUGUCGAGAGCCGUGCUGCACGCGUGGCUUUUCUCCGUGUGUGCGUGAGGUCACGACCCUCGUACUCGACGAUCGAUCUUUGACCUUCUUUCACCGGCAAAGCCCAUCGAGUGGAGAUGGAUAGAGAUCGAGGGGGAGAGAGAAAGAGAGGAGGAGGAGGAUCCCGUUUCCUCGACGAGUCCGUGGCUCCUCCGAUCCGAUGGAUCUUCUGUCCUUCUCUUCUCCGUGUCUCUCUUCCGGUCUCUCCUCUCUCUCUCGCCCUCCUCGAGACCGAGAGUGUCCCCGAUCGUUCCGGAUCGUGUCCAGCCAGGGAUCACCGACUUCUGACAGGAAGCCUCUCCUCGAUGGCGCGUGCGUGCGUGCUUGCGUGCGUGCGUUUCACGCGCCUAUGUUUACCCGGUCGUGUGUGCCUACACGCGCGGCGUCGUUCCCGUUCCGUGAAACCCGCGUCUCCUUAUCGAUCUCAUCCUCGGCGUCUCCGCUCCGGUCCCGAUCCGUCGUCCUCUCUGCUCCUCUCCUCUCCUUUGGCUGGCUCCGAUCUUUCACCACGCGUUUACCGACCCCCGUGUCACCGUCUCGAACACGAUCAACCGACCGAUCCACCCGGACCGCCACUAUCCACCGUCCACCACGACUCGCCACCCCACUUCCGUGCACCACUCUACCGCUACCGCCACCAACCUUCGCCACCGACACCUACGUUCCCCGUCUCUCCCUCUUGCUGCCGCCUCUCUCGGUCCCGAGCCGCCCUCCUCCGCGCGCGAGCACACGCACCAGCGAGAUCCGGAAACGUGCCGGGAAAUCCUCUUCGACCGAGCCCGCGUCAACGACCAACCACGACACCACACCGGGCAACGCUCGCUCACGGACUAACCGUGUAA